CAUGUAUAGCAACAUAGAGGAGACGAUGAGUAAACGUCUCUCCUGACUCACUUUCUUUGAGUCGCCAUGGGAGGUUCCAUCGCAGAAUCGCACACUACCUGCGUUGAUCUAUUCGCAACCUUGCUCAGCGUCAUAAAGCAGCAUCCUACAAGUUAUGCAUUACUCGAGACAGAUGUCCAAGAUGAAUUCGACAAGUAUAGUAUAUGGGCGGGAAAUGUCGGCGCUGCCUUUUCCGGACAGAACUACAGGCGUUCCUUAGACUAUCGGCUCAGAGAAGCUUCAUUUUACAAGGAGCAGGUUCUGAAACUAUUGAAGAGUCUGCAUGGAGUGAUGCAAAAAGCGGUAUCCAUUGUCAACGACGACAAAGUAUCAUUCGAUGAAUUUUUAAGUCCGAGUCCGAAUCCAACACGCUUGCCGAGGGCCAGAGUUUGGAGGACUCUCCAUGGGAAAUAUCCUCCAACUCGGAGGCAGAGGAGAUAGGGACUGUAAAUGAGGAUGGAGGUGAAACAAUGCAUUGAACGAGAACU